AUGACCUAUGCACUCUUCUUCCAUCUGCUCCUGCUCCUGGCCCUGGCCACCUCCUCCCAAGGCCAUCGCCUUGGCCCCAAGUCUCGCCUACGCUAUUCCAGGUUCUUAGAUCCAUCUAAUGUCAUGUUCCUACGCUGGGACUUUGACCUUGAGGCUGAGGUCAUCACGUUUGAGCUGCAGGUCCAGACAGCUGGCUGGGUGGGCCUGGGUGUCACGGACCGCUACACCAACGUGGGAGGUGAUCUGGUGGUUGGCGGGGUCUUGCCUGAUGGCAACGUCUAUUUCUCGGAUCAGCACCUGGUGGAUGAAGACACCCUGGAGGAGGACGGGAGCCAGGAUGCAGAGCUGCAGGGGCUCGUGGAAGAUGCUGUCUACACCACCAUGCGUUUCUCCCGGCCCUUCCGCUCCUGCGACCCUCAUGACCAGGACAUCACGAGUGACACAGUGCGGGUACUCGCUGCCUACGGCCAGGACGACACGCUGACGCUGAACCCAGAGCACACCUUCGUCAAGUCCAUCUUCCUGUUGCAGAUCGUCCACCCUGACGAUCUUGAUGUCCCGGAAGACACCAUUAUCCAUGACCUAGAGAUCACUGACGUAUGGCCCUUCACCCUACCCAGCCACCCGGCUCCCUUCCCAUCUUCCCACUCAAGGCUGGCCCCUCUUCUUGUCCCCACAUUCAGUACCAUGGUGCACCACAUCCUGGUGUACGCCUGCGGCAACGCCAGCGCCCUCCCCACGGGCAUCAGCGACUGCUACGGGGCCGACCCGGCCUUCUCGCUCUGCUCGCAGGUCAUCGUGGGCUGGGCCGUCGGCGGCACCAGCUACCAGUUCCCGGACGACGUGGGCAUCUCUAUCGGGACCCCCCUGGACCCUCAGUGGAUCCGGCUGGAGAUUCAUUACAGCAACUUCCACAACCUCCCUGGCAUCCAUGACUCCUCCGGGAUCCGCGUGUACUACAGCCCGCGGCUGCGCAGAUACGACAUGGGCGUCCUGCAGCUGGGCUUCUUCACCUUCCCCAUCCACUUCAUCCCCCCGGGCGCCCAGUCCUUCCUGUCCUACGGGCUGUGCAAGACCCAGAAGUUCGAGGAGAUGAACGGGGCCCCGGUGCCGGACAUUCAGGUGUACGGCUACCUGCUGCACACCCACCUGGCAGGACGGUCCCUGCAGGCCGUGCAGUACAGAAACGGAUCCCAGCUCCGAACCAUCUGUAAAGAUGACUCCUACGACUUCAACCUGCAGGAGACACGGGAUUUACCUGCUCGAGUGGAAAUCAAGCCGGGAGAUGAACUGUUGGUGGAGUGUCACUACCAGACUCUGGACCGAGAGUCCUUGACCUUCGGGGGCCCCAGCACCAUCAAUGAGAUGUGCCUCAUCUUCCUCUUCUACUACCCUCGGAACAACAUCUCCAGCUGCAUGGGGUACCAUGACAUCAUCUAUGUGGCCCACGAGCUGGGGGAGGAGGCAUCCGACUCCAUGGAGGGCAUGAUGGCCAUGAACAACAUUGAGUGGACCCCAGAGAACAUCAAGAAGGCAGAGAAAGCCUGCAAGGAGGCACAGCAGACAGUGAUCAUAAAGACCAUUGAUGAAGUGGUGGAGAACACCACAGGCUGGAUCCCUGACAUCAUGCCUACUCCUCGGGGGCCCUGUUUGGAGUCCACUGGGGGCAAGGUGGAGCCCCAGGACAAGACUCCUGCAGGCUUCAGGGCCUCACCUGUGGCCCUCCCAGGCGCUGGCCCCUCUGGCCCUCGAGCCCUCCCCUUAGCCACCCUCCUGGUCAUGCAGGGAGCCCUCUCAUGGCUCUUAGCCACCCUGCAGGCUACAGACUGA